UGACCUUCCCGGUUGAGCGGUGUCCGCCGAGGCCUCGGCGGUUGGUCCUGCGGAGAUGCUUCAAAGCUUAAUUAAAAAUGUCUGGGUCCCUAUGAAGCCGUACUAUACCCAAGUCUACCAGGAGAUCUGGAUAGGAAUGGGGUUGAUGAGCUUCAUUGUUUAUAAAAUCAGAAGUGCAGAUAAAAGAAGCAAAGCCUUAAAAGGUUCAAGUCCUGCGUCUGCUCACGGUCACCAUUAACCAGCUCUCGAGUACCCACGAGAUGAAGCCUCAGUCUGCCUGUAAAUUUAAGCAAGCUGUGGUAGAUGGGAGCACAGAAUAUCACUGUAUAC